CUCUUCCUGCUCGGCUUCCUCGGCGGUUGGAUUGCAAAGCCCACUGAGAAGGUAGUGGCUGCUAGUUCUCAUGACAGGAUGAAGAAGGCAUUUAUGGCUGAAAUGAAAGCUGAAAACAUCAAGAAGUUUUUAUAGGACUCCAGCAAGGUGGAGAAGAAUUGCACUUAGAUGCCCAAGUCUACCUACGUGACUAUAAGCAAUUUCACUCGACUUCCUCACCUAGCGGGAACAGAUGAAAAUCUGCACCUGGCGCAGCAAAUCCAAACCCAGUGGGAGAUAUUUGGAUUGGAUUUGGUUCAGCUGACUCAUUAUGAUGUCCUGUUGUCUUACCCUGAUAAAACAAAUCCCAACUAUAUCUCUAUCAUUGAUGAGCAUGGAAAUGAGAUCUUCAAUACGUCGUUAUUUGAGCCCCCACCUCCAGGAUAUGAGACUGUUAGAAAUGUUGUGCCACCCUACAGUGCUUUCUCAGCCCAAGGCCUGCCAGAGGGUGAGUUAGUGUAUGUCAAUUAUGGCCGCACUGAAGACUUUUUCAAACUGGAGAGAGAGAUGGGAAUCAACUGUACGGGAAAGAUUGUUAUUGUCAGAUAUGGGAAAAUCUUCAGAGGAAACAAGGUGAAAAAUGCUGAACUGGCUGGUGCCAAGGGAGUCAUUCUGUAUUCAGACCCUGCUGACUAUUGCGCCCCUGGGGUAGAUCCCUAUCCAAAAGGCUGGAACCUCCCAGGAGCUGGAGCCCAGCGUGGGAACGUAUUGAACCUGAAUGGUGCAGGGGAUCCCCUCACACCAGGUUACCCAGCAAAAGAGUACACCUAUCGGUAUGAUGAAGCCAGUGGUGUAGGUCUUCCAAAAAUUCCUGUCCAUCCCAUUGGUUACCAUGAUGCUGAUGAGUUACUACGAAACAUGGGAGGACCUGCCCCGCCAGACAGCACCUGGAAAGGAAGUCUGAAUGUGUCUUACAACAUUGGCCCUGGGUUCAUUGGGAGUUAUUCUACAAGAAAGGUCAGAAUGCACAUUCAUAGUAAUAAUAAAGUGACAAGAAUUUACAACGUAAUUGGGACCAUCAAAGGAGCAAUGGAAUCAGACAGGUACGUCAUCCUGGGAGGUCAUCGUGACUCCUGGGUAUUUGGUGGCAUUGAUCCUCAGAGUGGGGCAGCUGUGGUUCAUGAAAUUGUGAGAAGUUUUGGGAAACUAAAGAAGGAAGGGUGGAGACCUCGAAGAACAGUGAUAUUUGCAAGCUGGGAUGCAGAAGAAUUUGGCUUGCUAGGAUCCACAGAGUGGGCUGAGGAGAAUGCCAAAAUAUUACAAGCACGAGGAGUUGCUUAUAUCAACGCAGAUUCCUCUGUAGAAGGAAACUACACUCUGAGAAUUGAUUGUACUCCACUGAUGUAUGGACUGGUGUACAACCUGACCAAGGAGAUACCAAGUCCUGAUGAGGGGUUUGAAGGCAAGUCCCUUUAUGAGAGCUGGUAUGAGAAAAACCCAUCAACAGAAUACAGAGACCUUCCCAGAAUAAAUAAGCUGGGUUCUGGCAAUGACUUUGAAGUCUUUUUUCAGCGGCUUGGUAUUGCAUCAGGCAGAGCACGUUACAGUAAAAACUGGAAGGUGGAAAAAUAUAGCAGCUACCCAGCUUACCACAGUAUUUAUGAGACCUAUGAAAUUGUGGAGAAGUUUUAUGAUCCUACUUUUAAGAAUCACGUGACAGUAGCUCAAGUACGGGGAGGACUGGUAUUUGAGCUCGCCGACUCUGUUGUCCUUCCCUUCGAUUGCAGAGAUUAUGCAGCGGCUUUAAGUAACUACACUCACAUAAUCUAUAAUUUGUCAAAGAGUCAUCAGAGUGAAGUGACAAAGUACAGUGUGACAUUUGAUCCUCUUUUUUCUGCCGUGAAGAAUUUUACAGAAGCUGCUAUUGAUUUUCACAGGAGAUUGCAGCAAGUGGACAUCAGCAACCCAAUUGAUGUAAGGUCACUGAAUGAUCAGCUCAUGCUUUUGGAAAGGGCUUUUAUUGAUCCUCUUGGUUUACCUGGCAGACCAUUUUACAGACAUAUCAUUUUUGCUCCCAGCAGCCACAACAAGUAUGCUGGGGAGUCCUUCCCUGGGAUCUAUGAUGCCAUGUUUGAUAUCAAAAACAAAGCAGAUCAACAUAAAGCCUGGGAAGAGGUGAAGAGACAGAUCUCCAUUGCAGCGUUUACUGUGCAGGCUGCAGCAGGAACUCUGAAACAAGUAGCAUAAACUCAUCAGCGACAUAAUCACCAGUGAAUUUCUACUGAUUCAACAGCUGUGAAGCCAUCAGAAAUAGAGCAUUUACCAACAUGAGUAGGGUUAUUACCAAAAAAAAAUAUUCAGCAAUUUUGUCCUUCACAAACAAUACAGUCACAUCAGUCCCCAUCACUCCCCUCCAGUCCAUGUAGCUAUGUUAAUAAGGGAGUAUCCUUCUGAACUACUAUUAUCAAAGUAGAAUAGAGAUAUUUAGUGAAGUCAGGUACUAGAUUAAAAUCCUUUCAUUUCAAAUACCUACCUCUUGUUAAACAAAAAGGUUUUUUAUUUGUUCUUUGACACAAAUAAUUAUUAUUCUUUGACACAAAAAAUUAUUAAACACACUUAUAAAAAGUGGGGAUUUCUACAUUUUAAUCGCCUGCCACAUUUGUUUCUAGGGUUAUGUAUCUCAUAGCAUAUAUAUCAGGAAUACAGAACAGUCAUCUCAGAUUUCCACUGAUUUCCCACAUAUUUAAUUAGCUUUCUAAUAUUUUCUUUGUGGCUACACCAAUGGUCAUGAAAAGUCCCAGGCUUCAGCUCUUGGGAUACAUUUAUGGCAUAUUUUUCUUCACAUCCUUUACCUUGCAGCCAUUUACAAAUAAGAUUAAACAAGAAAUCCUCUAGCCACCAGCCACCAUUUAUGCAAGGGUGGAUGGGGACAUUAAAUGUUGUCAGCCAUGAAAUGAACUAAUAAAAAUAGUUUUUCAUUGAGAAGAUGA